ACAUUUUUGUCUGCAAAGCUGUCGCCCCAUCCGGCCAAUCCUACAGUACUUGUUACCUCUUCCGCCCGUCGCGAAGUUUGACUGAUCAGGCGUAGGGAUGGUGAAGGCCAUAAUUGCGCCGUCGAUGCUGUCAUCGGACUUUGCCAAUCUGGCUUCCGAAUCCGAACGGAUGCUCCACUGCGGUGCUGAUUGGCUCCAUAUGGACAUCAUGGAUGGGUAGGUUGCAUUUCUGCUCCAGGAUCUAAUAUUGCACAUGUGCUCAAUGUUGAACAUGCACCAAUGAAUUAAAGGAAAACAAGUUAUCCAGUUGUCGGUGAAUUGCCUUUAUACAAAAUGCAGUUUUUUUUUACUCGGUAUUUACUCUUUUUCAUUUGCAGUCACUUUGUACCAAAUCUUACAAUUGGUGCUCCGGUUAUUCAAAGUUUGAGAAAGCAUACAAAUGCGUAUUUAGAUUGUCAUCUCAUGGUGACAAAUCCUCUUGAUUAUGUGGAAACGCUAGGAGCAGCUGGUGCUUCAGGUUUUACAUUCCAUGUUGAGACAUCUAGAGAUAAUUGGCAGGAACUUGUCCAAAUGAUAAAGUCAAAGGGCAUGAAACCUGGUGUUUCGUUGAAACCUGGUACUCCAGUUGAAGAAGUCUAUCCGCUGCUUGAAGGCGAGAACUCUGUUGAAUUGGUUCUUGUGAUGACGGUUGAACCUGGAUUCGGAGGACAGAAGUUUAUGCCUGAAAUGAUGCAUAAGGUUCGGGAACUAAGGAAGAAGUAUCCAUCCCUUGACAUAGAGGUGGAUGGUGGUUUAGGAGCUUCAACCAUUGAAUUGGCUGCUUCAGCAGGAGCCAACUGCAUUGUUGCAGGGAGUUCCGUGUUUGGAGCUUCCGACCCAGCUCAUGUCAUAUCACUGAUGCGUCACAGCGUUGAGAGAGCCCAGAAUGGGUUCUGAUCCAGAUGCACAGCCGUUAUGGGUUCUGUAUUGUGUGUAUUACUACAAUUCUCAAUGGAUUCCAUCAUUGAAUAAUAGGUACUUGUAUUCACACUCCCCCGGUUCAUGAUUCAUGAAUGAAUGGGUUGUUGGUUACCCAAAUUACAUCAUUAUAGUAACACCUGUUGCACCGCAGGGGGUAUAUACUAAUUAAUGAUUUGCGGUAUUGUUUCGUACGAAUAAUGUGAAUUGGAUGAGAGUAUGACACUAUACCCGAGUGGUUAGUAGUAAUAAUGUAACGAUGUGAUUUUGUGGUUAGAGCGAUGGUAGCUGACAUACUCUGGUAUUGGACAUUUAUUUUUGUUUGAAAUGGUUAUGAUUGAAAUUUGUGUUGGAAAAUUUGGAGAAAUACGCAUAUGAGCGGUGAUUUUGAACUUAAAUAUAAAAAGGGUUUGAUA